AUGGCCGAGUGGGAAGUUGCUCUAGCUGUGAUCGCGGAACCAUACAGAGUCCCGGACAGUUCAGAAUGGACCGCCGAUAAUCUAAAUUCGGUAGCAAUAGUGCGCAGAAACCGCGAAAUCUCACCUCCUCUUCGGAUAACAAGUCGCGGAGCAGGUUACGUGACUACAUUCUCGGGGGGAAUCAGUGUAACGGGUAUAUAUGCCCCGCCCAUAUGGCCGCUGGAACAAUUCGAACGGCUACUGGACGAACUACACAACAGCCUCGCACCCCUCCAUCCGCGGGCUAUCCUCGUCCUUGGCGAUUUCAACGCGAAAUCGACGACAUGGGGCUCCUCGCGGACGGACGCGAGAGGAAAAGUCACCGAAGACUGGGCAACGAGUCUCAAUCUUACGCUGCUGAACAAAGGCAAGAAAAGCACCUGUGUACGAUGGCAGGGGGAGUCCAUCAUCGAUCUAACGUGGGCCUCCCCUUCUGCAGCCAGAUUAAUUACUGACUGGGACGUAAACGAUGAUGUUGAAAUCCUAAACGACCACAUGUACAUAACCAUGCGCGUCGCACUCCUAGGGAGGUUAAGCAACAAUGGCCGCAACUCCCAAAGUAACGGACGAGAGAGGAACGAGCAACCCGCCAAACCGCCGGCAGCAAGAUGGGCGCUCAGGAAAAUGGAUAUGGAUUUGCUCAUCGCGGCUGCGCACAUUGCUGUGUGGCUAGACCCGCCCAUCGGCCCCACUUCCACAUCGGAAGAAAACACGAAGUGGCUGUGCAAGUCCAUGACGGGCAUCUGCAACAUGGCAAUGCCGCGAAUAAGGACACAUUAA